AUGGCUGACAGACGCAGAGGUCGUGGUAGACCCAGAACUCAGAAUUCAGAUUCAGAACGCUCAAGUGGUAGUGAAGGUUUUCAAUGGCCUCAGUUUGUACAACAGAUGCAGCAACAACAGAACCAAUUCAUGCAUCAGAUGAUGCAACAGUUGAAUGGUGGUCUUCAUCCUCAAUGGGUUCCACAAGAAGCUGCUGGUGGUAGUUUCCGAGAUUUCUUUCGCAUGAAUCCUCCUAAGUUCCAUGGUGGAUUAAAUCCUAUGAAGGCUCAUCAGAUAAUGCAUUGUAGUGAAGAGAAUAAAGUUGUGUUUGCUUGUCACAUGAUGAGGGGUCCUGCUGUGGGGUGCUCUUUGAGGACUCAGAAAGAAUUUGAGUUUCAGCAGCUUAGACAGGGUACUAUGUCAGUAGCUAUGUAUGCUGAAAAGUUUGAAGAUAUGGAUGAUUAUUCUACACAGGCCGUGUACGCACCAGUUGAGAAAUGGAGGAUCGAUAAUUUCCUUUUUGGUUUAAGAGGUGAAAUUUCUCAUAGUGUUUCUCAGAGAGAAUCCACUACUUAUGCUGAAUUGCUAAGGAAAUGCUAUGUGGCUGAGAAUAAUUUGAAGAAAGUUCAAGAAGAAAGGGCUCAGUAUAGGAUUGGACAGAAGGAUAAGGGAAGGCCAGGUAAUCAGUUUAGGCCUAGACCUCAAUCUUUCAAAGGAAAACAAGUGCAACUUGCAAGACCUAACCAUCCUCCGCAAUGUCAAGUAUGUAAGAAGUCUCAUUUUAGAAGGUGUGUUGGAAGUGUGAUUAGGUGUUUUACUUGUCAACAGGAGGGGCACAUGGCUAGGGAUUAUCCUCAGAAUAAGAAUCAGAUGCAAGGAAGGAACACUGGUCGAUUUUAUACUUUGGAUGCAAGGAAGGCUAAGAGAAACAAUACUUUGAUUGUUGGUACGUGUCUCAUCAAUGAUCAUCCAUGUUUUGUAUUGUUUGAUUGUGGGGCAACAUACUCUUUUGUGUUAAUUCAGUGUAUGAAGCGUCUUGGCUUGCAAGCAAAUCGUUUGUCUCCUCCUAUGGUGGUUACUACCGCCAUGGAUGAUAUGGUUGAGACAUCGUUAAUUUGUGAAAGUUGUUCGCUUUCGGUGAAUGGUAGAAUUUUCCAGAUUGAUCUUAUUUGUCUACCACUUAAGAAGGUUGAUGUGGUCUUGGGGAUGGAUUGGCUUUCCGCCAAUUCAGUGUUUAUUGGAUGCGAAGAGAAGUUAAUAAUCCUUACAUCUAGUGAAGCUACUCCAAAGGAUGUAUUAACCACUAUCUUAGAAGGUACUAUUGGCAUGGUUAAUUUCUUAUUUGAGAAGGAAAAGUUGGUUCUCUUGGUUCUCACCAAGGAACCUAUCAAUAAUCUGAAAGUUACAUAA